AAAGAGGGAGAGAGCUAAAGAGAGAAAAGGAGGAGGGAUGCAGCGAGGGAGGGAGGGGAGCUGAGCAGAGCGGGCGGCGAGACUGCAGCGCAGCCGGAGCCAGAGAGGAACAGGAGCCAGAGGAGCUGCAGCCAGGGGAGCAGGGAGCUGAGCGGGGCCCCGGACGAUGCGCUAGCCAAGCCCGAGCCGCUGGAGCCCGAGCCAUCCCGGGAAGCAGCACGAGCCGAGUCCCGAUCAGAGGACCUUUCAAAGAUCAUUAACUGACAGAAGCUUAAAUAAUCCCAUGCAUUAAUUCCUUCAGUGACCUGGGAGAUAGAUAGUUCGCCUGGGCUUUGUGGCCGGUACUCAUCAGGAGCUCACAGCCACUGAAGAAGAUGCCGGAACAGAGCAACGACUACCGGGUGGUGGUGUUUGGGGCAGGCGGAGUGGGCAAGAGUUCCCUGGUCCUCCGGUUUGUGAAGGGCACCUUCCGAGACACCUACAUCCCCACCAUUGAGGACACCUACCGCCAGGUCAUCAGCUGCGACAAAAGCGUGUGCACCCUGCAGAUCACAGACACCACGGGCAGCCACCAGUUCCCGGCCAUGCAGCGCCUGUCCAUCUCCAAGGGCCACGCCUUCAUCCUGGUCUUCUCGGUCACCAGCAAGCAGUCCCUGGAGGAGCUGCGGCCCAUCUACCAGCAGAUCCUGCAGAUCAAAGGCAGCGUGGAGAACAUCCCGGUCAUGCUGGUGGGGAACAAGUGUGAUGAGACGCAGCGGGAGGUGGACACCAAGGAGGGGGAGGCCCUGGCCAAGGAGUGGAAGUGCGCCUUCAUGGAGACCUCUGCCAAAAUGAACUACAAUGUCAAGGAGCUCUUCCAAGAGCUGCUGACCCUGGAGAAGCAUCGCAACAUGAGCCUCAGCAUCGACGGGAAGCGCUCCAGCAAGCAGAAGAGGACAGACAAACUCAAGGGCAAGUGCAGCCUGAUGUGAGGGGUCGCCCCCUCCUCUCCACGGGCCGCCCCUCCCCCGCCCCGCUCUGGGCCUUGCUCCAGAUGGCCCCGUGGCCCCAUUUUGUCUCCUCCUGUCUUCCUGUCAUCUCGAGCUCUCUCUCAUGGAUGGCCUCCUCCUGUCUGUCCUCUCCCUCUGUCCCUCGUUGUCCUUCUCCGUCCUCCUAGCAGCCCAAGUCGGAAGGGCACUCAGAGGUCACCAAGGCCUACCUGUACCCCUUUAAGGCACCCCUCCAGUGGUCAGCAGCUCUUCCUGUCUCUCUCUCCCCUCUCCUCAGUCCCUGUGUUUCUGCAUUAAUUUGUUUUUCUCAGUUUCUCCUCCCUUGGGGUGUGUGUGUGUGUGUGUGUGUGUGUGUGUGUCCAUCUCUCCUCCCCUGAGUCUCUCCAUAGGCCACCCAUUCCUACAUCUGAUCACUGUGACUUGGGGGCUGAAAUGCACAUUGACCUCGCACUUUUACGUCUCUUGUUUGACCAUUGAUGGCCCUCUCCCUCCUCUUCUGCUCCUUGGGCCAGCUAGACUCCCCCUUUCCUCUGGUUCCCCUCCUCCCUUUGAUAUUAGAUGUGAUCGGGAGGCUGGUAGACUGGCUUUCCCUGGCCUUUGAGACAACAGGCAAUAAAGUGAAACCCCUCCAGCUGAGCGAGGCCCUAAGUCUGCCCCAGGCCUCCCCCCAUCCUUCCCUCUCUGACCUUGGUAGAAAUGACCAGUGGCUCCAGGACUGAGGAGAGAGGCUGAGGGGGCUUGUAGGCAGGAGCCAGACACAGUCUACCAGCCCAGCACAAUUCCAGGUCACCGCUGCCGCCCUCUCUUACCUCCCUCAGGUUGUAGGGGACAGUCCUUCUUUCUAGGGAUCUACAGGGUUACUCUAGGUAUGAAUGUGGCUGGCUCUUUGUACACCCCAGGAGGAGGAUGUAGAGAAGGGGAUUACCAUUCCCCCCACCCCAGGAGGGUGGGGAGGUAGGAGCCAUCAGCACAACCCUUCUGCCCAGCCCCCAGCCCAGCCCCUUGAGGGGAAUGAUUUCUGUGAGGGGCUAGGCCAGGCCCCCCCAUCUCAGAGACAGCUGUGUCCCAGGGAAGGCACUUUCAGUGAAUUGGAUCUGAGAGAGGGGGAGUCCUGACCCCCCACAGGAAGAGAAGAGGACAGAAGGAGCAUGAGGAAGACAGACGGGAAGCAUUGGCAGGUGCACGUAUGUGUAACAAAAGCCGUGUUUGUGGCUGGAAGUGUGUGUGUGUAUGUGAGCGUGUGUUUGUGUACAUGCAUAUAUAUGCAUUAGGGUACAUGCGAUCUGGGUGAGUGGGUAUACAGGUAUAUGAGAACAAAUGAGGGGAUGCCUACAUAUGUAUUAGGGUGUGUGGGUGUGAGAGUAACUGUGUGUCUGAGGGUGUCUGUGCAUAGGUGGAGGGGCAGGAACCUGGAGGGAAAGCUGAUAGCUUUGGGGGUCAGCGCUGGAGCCUCACUCUCUCCCCCCCAAGGCCAUUCUAUCCCAUCAGCCCCUGGCAUGCAGCUCCCGAGCUGACCUUGGUUCUUCCUAAGAAGGGGCUGUGGGGUGAGGUGUGGGAAAGGUGAGCAGGUGAGCAAGAGGUUCUCUCUCCUCUGAGGGUGCUGGCCCCUCCAGGGGCUCUGGCACCAUUCCUCAGGGAUCUACCCUGAUAGCACAAUUACCAUCUCCCAGCCAGCCCCAGGGGCUUAGAGGAGGCCGGGGAGUGGGCAGCCAGGCCCUGCCUUGCAGUGGGUGUGUCCACCCACUUCUCUCUACCCAGACCCCCUCCCUACUGUGACCACCUGAGAAAGAACCAAGUAUCUCUUCUCCCAGUUGUCCAGAGCAAAUGGUGUUACCUUGUGUUCUUGCCUCCCUUCCUUUUCCACAUCACUUCCAGGGCCCGAUGUUGAAAUCCCAGGAGAAAAAAGAAAUAGACAGGCCUGUUGGAAAACAGUUCUCCAGGCUUGGCCAGCCUAGGGAAUUCAGCUGAGGGUGACCAGAGAAUGUUAGAGCUGGAAGUUACUUUAAAGACCAUCUGUUUCAAAACCCAUGGGAAACUGAGGCCCAGAGAGAAUAAGGAAGCUGCUUAAAGUCAUCCAGCAAGUUAGGCUUAGAACUGGGAGAGAGGGAGCAUGUCCUUCAGGGCCAACAUGCCAUGUAGCACAUAGAUCCCCUCUACCUGGGUCCUAAGAGAUUGGGACCAAGCCCUCUCAGGCCACACGGGGUCCAGGGCAAGACCAAGACUCUGGGGGUGAACAGAGGCCCCACUUCCCUCCCCAGGCAUGUGGUCUGGGCAAUUCCAUCCUGCCCCGGCUGCUGUGAGGCUAGAAUAUUGUCUGGUGCUCUGGACUGAGGCCUUGGCCCUCCUCUCCCAGCCCUCUGUAAUGCCCCCCUCCCAUGCCCCAGAUGACCUCCCCCAAGCAUGUGGAUACCCCCUUCUCUAGUGCAACCCUUCUUUUUUAAGAGUCCAAUGUAGCCUUCACUCUAGUACUAGUCUUCCUUCAAUAAAGACAUGGCUCCUGCAUCUG